GACAACUUGUUCCAGCACAAGAACUGCGGUCUGUAUCUGCUAAGCUGGAGAGCUUGCUUACCGAGCAUGGUAGACGAGCUUUUGGAGACGACGGGUCGAAGGAAGUCCGCUUCACCUUUGCCGUGCAUGAGUUGGAUGACACUGUGAACGACUUCGUCGCCAAGGAGACAGGUGCGCUCUGGCAACAGGCUGCAAAGCUGGCGGGCACCCAAAAGCUCUGCGUCCUCAUGGACCGGGGCUUCUCCAAGGACCCCGGGGAUCCUGAAACACACUGGCACCGGGACGAUGAAGCAGUCGGCCUCCCGAACCUUCAUGAAGGUAUUCGGACUGUUCACGCUUGGAUUCCUCUUGUGGCGAUGGACAAAGACUUCGGCACUUUGCGAUACCUCCUGGGCACGCAUCGCAGAGAGUACAACUGGUUCGAGACAAUGCUUGCCUCUCUGUGGGGCUGGGAGUUUGCCUGGUUUCUCACGUCAAGGGUGGAGCAGGACGACCACUUGCAGUUCGGAGAUGUGGCCUGGCACGACGGCUGGACCCUGCAUUCAGCUGGCUCCAACAAGGUUAUGCCUACUGUAUCGAUCCCCGUGGCUGCCGCGGAGCUACCGAUCGGAUCAAUAGCACGGUAUUCCAUCUCUUGGGCCUUGGUUCAGAUGAAUUGCUCUCAGGCCUAUGGGACAGCCAAGUCGGGCGUGGGAAUUGCCUCCAUGGGUGUGAUGCGUCCGGACAUGAUCAUGAAGUCGAUUAUCCCCGUUGUUAUGGCUGGCGUGCUGGGCAUCUAUGGCCUGAUCACUGCAGUGAUCAUUAACGGCAAAAUGGACGCGGCCAACUACUCAGCCUACUCUGGCUACGCGCACCUGGGAGCAGGGCUCACCGUCGGCAUGAGCUCCCUGGCCGCUGGAUUGGCCAUUGGCAUCGUGGGUGAUGCUGGCGUUCGGGCCAACGCACAGCAGCCGCGCCUCUUCGUUGGCAUGAUCCUGAUUUUGAUCUUCGCAGAGGCCCUGGGGCUCUACGGUCUAAUCGUUGGCCUCGUCGUGGCAUCCACGGCAGAAGGGAAGGGCAAAGGCCUUUGCUCGCCUUACGCCUGA